CGCGCCGCACAAACGCGUAACGAACGCAUCGACAGGAUCGAUAUAUCGAUAUAUCAGGACAGUGAGCGGAUCGAUCAGAGGAAUAAAACGAACGGCUGGCCGCGGAUUUAGUUCAAGCGUUUCUGCGAGAGUUCAACAGAUCACACUGUGUAACAUGGAGCCUCUUUUACCUGGAUUCAGAAACACACUAAAGCGUCAGGCGGCGUUCGAGAUGUUCGAAGACCCCAUGUCUCUGUUCUCGGGCUUCUGUCCGGUUGAGGAGGAGCAGGCUGCUCAGGAGGUCCCGUCCGGUCUGGACUGUGUCUCUCAGGAUGCCGGCGUGUGCUCGGUUCCUCUGCUGACGCCCUGCAGUAAAGCUGUGGUCAGUCAGGCGCUGAAGGACAGCUUUAACGGCUUCUCCAAGGUGCAGCGCGUCUGCGGGAUCUCCAACAACCCGUGUAAGUGGACCAAGCAGCACGUCCUGCAGUGGCUGUACUGGGCCUCCGGAGAGUUCAGUCUGACCAACAUCAGCUUCUUCAAGUUUGACAUGAGCGGACAGGAGCUGUGCGACCUGGGAAAGGACGGAUUCCUGGAUCUGGCUCCGGAUUUCGUGGGCGAUAUCCUGUGGGAGCAUCUGGAGCAGAUGACGAGAGCCUGUCAUGAGGAUGACGAGGCCAAAGUCUUGAGUCGCUCGUCUGAGUGCAGCUGGACCAGCAGCAGCUCCGGCAGUCUCGGUCUGGAGGAGUGUUCUCUGAAGGUUCCUGAGUCUCGCAGCAGUAUCCUGCGGAAGCUCUUCGAGACGUCUGAGGAGUCGGGUCUGCUGGCGUUUGGUCAGGAGCUCUCCAUGUACCCCAAACCUCAGCUCAGCUCCGUCAGCAUCAGCUACACCAGUCGAGUGUCGUCGGUGGAGAGCGUGGAUGGCUCGGAGAGUGUCCUCCGCUCCUGGGGGAGCCACUCGUCACUCGCUGAUGCCCAGCGUGUCCCGUCCUACGACAGCUUCGAGGAGGAGCUCUGCGUGGCUCCGCUGGGCCUCAGCAAACAGGGCCUGUCCUUCAAAGACUACGUCCAGGAGAGGAACGAGCCGCUGGAGCAGGGCAAACCCGUCAUCCCCGCUGCCGUGCUCGCCGGAUUCACCGGAAGUGGCCCCAUUCAGCUGUGGCAGUUCCUGCUGGAGCUUCUGACCGACACGAGCUGCCAGAGCAUCAUCAGCUGGAGCGGAGACGGCUGGGAGUUCAAACUCACCGACCCCGACGAGGUGGCGCGCCGCUGGGGAAAGAGGAAAAACAAGCCUAAGAUGAACUACGAGAAGCUGAGCCGAGGUCUGCGCUACUACUACGACAAGAACAUCAUCCACAAGACGUCAGGGAAGCGCUACGUGUACCGCUUCGUCUGCGACCUGCACAACCUGCUGGGAUACACGGUGGAGGAGCUGCAUGGCAUGCUGGGAGUGCAGCCGGACACCGAGGACUGAAGCGCUCGCGGAGACACCUGGGUCACGUCCUGACCUCAGCGGAGGUCUCUGUUUGAGGAGAACGGCCGGUUCGGUCGACGCACGCUUCUCCGGUCAGCCGAGCGUUAAACACACUUUAAAACACUGAUCUGAUCUUCUGACACUGUGUUCACUGAACCAGAUGAUUCCUGGAAUAAUGUAGAUUCACCGAGAGACGGAAGAGCGUUUAUUUUCCGAGCACACGGCGGGGAUUGCCCUAUCUGUGAUUAUCGCGGCGGAGCUCUGGGUCGAUUGAUUUAUUGAGAACCGCAUUUUCAGGUUUGAAUCACAUCUGGUGGCCUUUCUGAUGGAACUAUCACUCUGAACCCUUUUAACUCUU